UCAUGGACAGUUUUCAGUUUGUGCUUGAUGUUCAAAAGCUCAAGCAUCUACUCAACUGCGUCUACUAGCGGAGUGGAGACAAGAAAGCAAAAUCAGUCUCAAAAUGGAUGCGGGGUGACAUAAGUUUCUGUUUCUUUUUUGGAAGCACAACUUUACGUUGAGUUAAUGUUACAUUACUCGGUGAAUAUAUCUAUAUAUAUGCUAUUUGUGACAAAUAUCUGAGUAUAGUGUCAGAAAAAUUCACAAAAUAUCGAAGUGUGUUCUAAUCGUGACGUUUUUCUUUUUCGUACUUCUUCCUGGUUGCAACGUAUGUGGAAACUUGCCUUUGGCACAAAGACUUCGCCAAAUAAUUCAUAUGGAUUGGCUACAUUUUUCUCGUAAUAGACAAAUUAAAAGUAUCGGAAUGUCAAUGGAAGACGGAGGUGGUCUGCGAAUGUCAAGAGGAGAAAAAGGCACAAACUGAUUUCAUACGUUUUUUUUUUCAACCAUGGAAAUCGAGAAUGGUGCCGCAAGAGGUGUUUUGUUACCUGUACUACCAGGUUCUGAGCCCUUCAACAACAGUAUUCUGCCUCCACUGCAGAACAUGUACAUGUAUGAGGAGUCGAAGCAGUCUUUCAGAUACAACGCUGCUUUCUUGAUAAAGAAUACCACCCUGCAAGAACGGUAUGAGGCCUUCCGAACGGAAAGGAGAGGCAUGGGAUACUCAGAGGAAGAACUGGAGGAGUCCUAUGGGUUCUUACUGUUUGACGACAAAAAUAAGGCAAAUAAACUGGGAGAAACUGGUGUACUCCCUGGUCACAGUACAUGCUCAACGCUUGGAGAUCCUUCAAAGGGUGUGUACGUGUCCAAGUACUCAGACUGCCUGGACCUAAACCGCUGGUACCACGGGAAGUCUGGAUACAUCGCCAUCAUCAGACUCACCAAGGGCAGAGUGAGAGAUGUGACAGAGAACUACACAGUGAACUACACCUCUCCCUCUAAUGGGUUUGACUGUCAUGUAUCAGAGCAGCUCAGUGCUGUGUCAGCCAACACCAGCUCCUUCCUGGCCUUUGAGAGAACACAGUACUACAUGUAUGAGCUGCCUGGUGGAGGGGCUGACUCGACAGUCCAGCCUCCCAGCCAUGUCUGCCCAUUCGCUAUAGUGGCUUUUUCCUAUUGGGAUACCAAGACACCUGCAUCAGAGGACCAAGAGAAAAGUGAGGAAGAAAAAACAGUGUUUCACUACUACCCCUGGAGGGGUCAGCUCCAAAUCAGCUCCCAGGUCUACCAUGUGGGUCUGAAGUCUAGCACUGGACCCCUGAUUCCAGCUAAACUUCCAACAGUAAUGGCAGUUGACGGAGCCAUUAAAAUGUCAGAUCUGAGGCAGAAAUUACCAAAGGCUAUAUUUGAAACCUGCUUCAUCGGUGAAGUUUCUCUGGAAGGAAUGUGUUGGAGUCUGUAUGAGUUGGCACCCAGUGAGGCUGAGGACACCUCUCUCUCUCAGCUCACACAGGAGCUCAAGGAGAAAGACCUGGCCCUCGCAAUACAACUGAAUGAUAGUGGUUUCCUUAUACUGUUACAUUCAUCUCACUUCCUCACAUAUGAAGAUGCUGGGUCCAAUAAGCCAGAGGUAUUGCAGGGGAUGUUUGUGUUUCCAGAUUCCAGAGCUAUACAGCGAGACACCAAGAUCUGCUCGGAGAAGCCCUCCCUCUCACCAGAGGGCCUCCAGGUGGUGCCUGCACUGAACUACGCAGAGACAGAGGUGGAAAAGUGCCUCCCUGAACAGAGUGGGGAGCUACGUGGUUUACUAGAGCAGCAUAUCCAGAGCUACGCUGCCCUCAUCCACCCUGGGCUUACUAUCAGUCCAUCCAGGGAAGCCAGCAUCUUCCCAGAUCAGUUUGAUGUUCCUGACGCCCUCAAAUAUCUCUACUCCACCCCAAAGUGGACUGAAAUGGGAUGGAAAUGUCUCAAGUCUUACUUCCACCAGCCGGGCUCCUUCGAGCUCUCUGUAUCCAGGGCCACGGAGCUCCUGGCGGCUGGACGAGAGGAGCGAGGGGAUGAGCCAGAUGAUGACGUCUACUACUGUCUAUCAUCUCCAGAAGGCCCCCCCAUGACUCCUGCUAGUCUGGGUGGCCCAGAGGAGGAGCAGUCAGGGGGACAGUCACCAGGAGACACAGCUGACACAGCCACAUACAUAAGUAAUGCACCGGCAGUAUCUACAGAGGACUUUGAGAAACCUGGUAUGACCAAGGCAGACAGCAAUGCACCAAAUAAAAGAGUAGAGGAAGAGAAGAACUUGUCUUCAAAGGAGGUGCAAGACAAGGUGCAACAUGUGCAACCCAAUGAGGUGCAGGAGGAAGUGCCCUCUGAUCUUACCAAGCCUGCCGUCCCAGCAGGGGACUUUGGGAAACCUGUCUUGAAGAAGGCUGACAGUAAUGCACCAGAGACAACUUUGAUUCCAAAAGAGGUGCAGAAGGAGCUUCCCUGUGAUCUUUCCCAGCCUGAUGUGUUGGCAGAUGAUUCUGGGAAACCUGGGAAGAACAAGGCCGUACCAGGGGUAGGAGUAGAGGAUGAAGGGACACAUUUGAACCCAGAGGAAGUCCAAGUGGAUAGGCAAAAGGAGGUGAACGAGGAUAUGCUUUCUGAUCUUUCACAGCCUGCAGUCUCUGCAGAAAACUUUAGGAAAGCUGGCCCAGCAGCGUUGGGUAAGGCAGACUGUAAAGCACCAGAGGAAGGAGUAGCGAAUGAAGGGACAAACUUGCACCUGAAAGUGGUGCAAAAGAAUAUGCCCUCUGGUCUUUCACAGCCUGCAGUCUCUGAAGAGGAAUUGAAGAAACCUGGGCCGGCCCUGGCAACCAAGCCCAACAUUAAAGCAGUAGAGACAGGAGUAGAGGAUAAAGGGGGGGAUUUGCCUAAGGAGGUGCUAGAGGAGGUUCCAUGUGAUGCAGUGUCGGCAAAGGUUUUUGCAAUAGCCGGUAUGACAGUGAUGACCAAGGCCACAGAGGUGACAGAGGUUUCAACCUCACCUGCAUCAGGUGACCUCCCAACAGUGCUAGUCAUCACUGCCACUGAAGGAACUGCAACCGUUGUACCUCAUAAUGACAACUUUGGCUUGAUCAAUACAGAGUCGAUCACAAAGAACUCCUCCAGUUUGCCACCAGCCAAAGUACAGGAGAGGGAUGGAAGUGCUCUCAAUGGGCAAUGUGGCAAGGCCAAUGAGGUCAAUAAUGUCUCUACAUCAGAUUGGAGGAAACGGCCAAGGAAACGGCGUAGAUUUAGCGGGUUGGGUAAACGGGUCUUGAGGUCUUCAGCAGCUGACUUUGAAGAGGAAGAAACUGAGAAGGGAUGUUUGGGUUCAAGUAAAGUCUUCUCAUUGAAAAAGAGGAAGGAAAUGACAGAUUUAGUUCAACUUAACCCAUGGAAAAAGAAGGAAACGAUGGAUGUAACCCAGGUUCGCCCAUUGAAAAUGCAGAGGGAACUGAUGAAUUUGACCCUAGAUCCCCCAUUGAAAAAGAAGGAAAGAAUGGAUGUAACCCAGGUUCACCCAAUGAAAAUGCAGAGGGAAGUGAUGAAUUUGAUCCAAGAUCUGCCUUUGAAAAAGAAGAAGGAAAGGAAAGAUUCAAUUAACUUUUACCCAUUCAAAAGUAAGGAAAGUAUUGAUCUAAUUCAAGACGGCCACCCAUUGAAAAAGAAGACGGAUCGGUGGGACUUGAAGGCAAUCAUCUCCGAAUGCGGUAGAGUCUUUGUCCCUCAUGGUUCAGAAGUUAUCGCCAAGGAUAUAGAAUCUUUGAAAGUUAUGGGGAAAGUGAUAGAUCACAAACAAUGUGCUGAUGAGAUGAUGGUUGAAGCUUGUAUCAAAGUACCCCAACCCAUAGAAACAGGAGAUGAAUCUGGCCUAGAGUUGAUAAAGUCAGAUGAAAACAAAGAGUCGCACAUAUGGAGUUCAGACAGUAAAGACCAUCCACCAAAGGUCAAAAUGGCUGAUGUAGACAAGAUGGCCUCUCAGAAACCCUCAGAACUGGUCCAGAGCAAAGACAUGGAUUUUCCUUCCUUAGAAAAACACAAAAAUAAUUGUCAAUUUGUUGCAAUAUCCCUCAGUAAACUAAAGACAGUUUUUUCAAGAAGGGGAAAGAGGAAAACACCUCUCAAACCUGUUUCAGGAGAUCAAAUGUUACCAUUGGACAAGAAAAGCAAGGCCGAUGCUGGCAUGGAUAAAAUGGAAAGUGUUCAUUUGAGUAAUUCCUGCAAAGAUACCCCGGACAGAACCACAUGUGCUGCUGAAGUUGCAAAGGAACAGACAUUUGGCCUAGACCCAAAAUUUGCACUAGCAUUAGGCUUGACUCCUAGGGAGUUGCAUAAUAAUGCACCCAAAUCUCCAGAAAAAAGUGAUAUCCCAUUGAAGAAAGACAUUCAGAGCAGACUGGACCUGGUCCCACCUCAAGCCACAUCUGACCAAACGUCUGAGGCGUUGCCUAGCUCCCCUUCAGCAACAAUAACCUUAACGGGUCGGGGGAGCCCAUUCAAAAUGAAAUGCAAGCCUGCAGACUCCAUAAGGAAAAAAUGGUGGUUGCACUAUCACACAGCAGCUUCUUUUGAAAAAGAGAAAGUUGCACAACCUAUGUCCUCCCAACUACUGACACUUAACCCUGAUGUCAGGCGUGUUGUCAGUAGGGGUAGGCCUCGCACAGUGAAGAAAGAUGCCAGUGAUGCAUCAUGCCCACCAGCAGAUGCUCUGACCCUUUUGGCCGAUUUGGCCCUCAGUACCAGUAACGACAAAGUACUGGAACAGCAGUCAGACCACCUGGCUCUUCAGCAACAAGAAUGCUGUCCAAGUUUGGUAAUAAGUGACAACAGUGUCAAAGAUGGUGGCUCUCCUCAUGAGCCAGAUGGUGAACCAGAGUCUGUCCUUCAUGCACUGCUGAAGCAGCCUUCUGCUGCUAGGCUUAAACUUCCCCCUCAGUCUCCGUCACCCAAGGGGCUGGUGGUGGGGAGUGGGGAGCGGGUUGUGUUAGUCUCACAAGAGCAUUCUUACUCACUGCCGCCAUCCUCCUCUCUACUAUUGGGUUUGUCAGGUUCAACCCUCCAAGUCCCCAUUUCAGAGGGACUUCAGCCGCAUCGCAAGGAUAUGGUCUAUGAUGACGGAACUCAAGCAUUACGGGCCGUCCUGUGUCAGGAGCAGGACCAGAACAGGAAGGAACUCGGGGAGGAACCCGGGAUGGCUCCAGAAUCCAUGAUGAAAGGCAUUGGACGCAGGCAGAAGUUCCGGCGCUUACGGCGGUUCAUCGAAAAAGACAGCUCAGUUCAAGUGACAAGGCUGUGGAAGGAAAACUAUGACUUUAAUUCAGACAGCAAGUUUACCAACGACCCUAUGGAUAAAACAGUUAUUAGAGCCCUACAUGGCCCAUGGGAUUUCAACAUUGACGACACAAACGAACAGGUUCAGCUCAUCAUCCACAUGUGGAUAGGUCUUUUCUACAGCAGGUCCACUGCUAGAUUCUUCCAGGCAGACCCAAGUCUUCUAUGUAUGGAGGAAAAAGAUUCUACAGAAGUGGAUCAUGGAAUGGUACAAGCCCAGGUUACAUCUGAGACCAAGACAAGUUCCCCUGCUUAUAUUGCCCUUUCCAGGAUCCCAGAACCUGAAGUUUUGGACCUUAGUAAUGUGGGUAAAAAAGAAUCACAACCAUUAAGCUUGGAACCUGAGGUAUUGGACCUUUCAGUGAAAACAACCUCGACUGUGUUAGAUUUCACUGUAGACACAAAGGAUUCCCCUGAGUCCAAGCAAAGAAUAGAUUUAAAAAAUCCUUCAGUAUACCAACCAGAAAGUGGACUCCACAAGGAAAUCAUCUCUUUUCACAAACAAAGUACAGGUCUUGAGUUAAAGGUUUACAGAGACCGUGUGGACAGCAUGAUGUCAGACAAAGCGAGUGAACUGGAUGAUGAUGAAACUAACAACCAUGAGAAUGACAGCAAUGGUACCCUCCAAAAUGAUGUGUCCCCUAACAGAAGAUCUUUGGAAAGUGAUGGAUCGUACAUUCUCUUGUGUGAACAGGCAGCAAGUGUGUACAUUAAUCCAGAAAAGGCCCUGGAGACUCAAAGAAUUGCCCAGGGUUUGGAGGGCAAAGCCAAAAAGGAAAUCCAAAAGAAAGAGAGGAGCCAUGAUGGAGAACAAAACAUAGCAAGUCUUAAAACCAUGGAAUCUAAAGAUGUUGAUGAGGCGCAACAAGUUAAAGAUAACGAUUCAGUCAAAACAAUGUCAUGCACAGAGGUGCUGGGGGAUGGUGACAUUACCAAUAUGGCUGACAGAGUUGAGCGUAAUGCAAGUGAAUCCAGAGAUGGGUCUGACGUUGCCAUCUGUGAUGGCAGUGAGUCAAAAACGCACAACGCAUAUCAUAGCAUGAAGGAUUCUGUUGAAGCAGCAAAAUCACAAGCAGUGCAUGUUGGGAAAGACACCACAAACAAGGAAAUCAAUGCACAACCUGCUGGGAAUGAUUCCAUUGAUAAGGCACUCAAAGAAAUGCAUGAUGAAAAUAUUCCCAAAGAUGUGUCACGGGAUGAUGGGAACUCCAAAAAUGAGGUGCAAACUGCAUUGCAGGAAGGGAAUGAUACUAGAGAUGAGGCUCUACCAGUGGUGAAUUAUGAAAACGAUUCAGGAGAUAAAGCAGCACCUGCAGUAUGUGGUGGGAAUAAUUCUGUGGCUGAAACACCACCAGAGAUAUCACAUAAUGGAAAUGAUUCCCAAAAAGAAACACCGUCAGUGGUGCAUGGUGGGAAUGAUUCGACACUACCUGUGAAAAUGUAUAGCAAGCUGUAUGUAGACGAAGAACCCACUGCAGUGAACGAUAGAAAUGCUUCCACCGAUGAGGUACAACCAAUGGAGCAGGUUGGGAAUGUUUCUGUUGGCACUACUAGAGUACUGCUAGAGAUGCAGGGUGAGAUUAAAUCUAAAGAUGAGGUACUGACCACGAGAGUAUUUCCACUAUGUGAUGGGAACACGCCUUGUGUAGGUGAGUUCGACACACCCAGUCAGUCCAAGGAUGUUUCAGGAGAGGCUAAAACAACAGUAGUUGAGACUGAUUUCAAUGGCAUUAGGGAUUCUAAAGAUCAGAAACAGAUAUCAAUAUCGGGUCAGAGUAAAUCUGAUAUUGACACACAAGGACCCCAACAUUCUCAAGACGAGACAUCAGAAGUACUGACAGGCCAGGUAGAAAUACCACUGAUUGGAGUAGGAAUUCCCAGGGAAGAUAUCUCACACACAGAUAUUCUACAUUCACACAGUCAGACAUCAGAGACAGUGCGUGCUCAGAUAGAAAUACCAUUUAUUGGAGUAGAAUUACCAUUCAUUGGAGUAGAGAAGGAUAGCAAGGAUUUCAUGCACCCAGAGGGGCACGACAUUCACCUGUGUCAGAAAGAGACACCAAUAUCUUCAGUGUGUCAUGGGGAUAACUUGUUUUCAGGUGAAAUGUUUAGAAUAGCUUCAAAGGGAACUGAAUCUGUCAGUAGAUGCCCAACCCCUAUCGUGGACAAUGGUUACAUUCCGAUUCCUGACAUCGACAGUGGCCGCUUGGUUAUCUGCGAUGCCGGUGGGGUCAGCAAACCCCUCAGCAGAUGCCCAACACCUACACAAGAUGAGCCACCUUUCGUUACAGAAUUGUCUUAUGUCCAUCACACACCGAAGACGUUUUCUUUGCCUGAUUCAAAAGACACCAACAGUCCCAACCUCAAUAGUGGUCUUGCUCUUAUUGAAAAUGAAAAGGCUUAUCGUGAACCACAUGAACCAAGUCUUGGUAGCAGCCCUAGCACUGUAGCGAAUAUGUUGCAUGAGUUGCGUAAAUCCAGCAACAACAAUAGCAAACCAAAUCAUCUGGAAGCCAUUGGUAAACAGUUCUCUCAAUUAUGGACUGAACCCCGCAAGAAGCCAAUCGCCACUAGCACACCUCUCAACACUCCCUAUACUUCUUCAAAGGAAAAAAACGAUUACAAUCCUUAUUCAAAUAUGCGACUUACCCCUGCUGAACAAGACCUGUAUGCUCUUUCAAGUCACGAUUCACUGCAUAGGUUCCCUGACUCCUAUCCCAAAACCCAUAGCACCUUAACACAGAAAGCAGCAUUCUCUGUGCCAUCAAUCCACCUUGAAGUCCUGUCCAAUGAAACAACAGAAAGAACAUUAACUCGGGACUUGAGUGAAAUCGCUUUGGAAGGAGACACUAACUUGUGUCCUGCCUCAACAGAGAUGAUCAUACAGUCCAUCUGUCAGAGUAUCCCAGGAGGAAGUGGACCUACAGCAGCUUCUCAGAACCUUUCAGGGCACAACUUUACUGAGCCCCAUCCAUACAGCCAACAGCUUGCCAUGGCUGUGAAUCUCUCCAAGAGUGAAGGCAGCAGAGGCGAGUACAGCUGGAAAGAAGGACAGACGAAUAUUGACCCUAUGUCUUCAGAUGUUCUCAAAAGCAAACAAACCGAUGCCCCUGUCCACUCAAACACUAAUCCUCACCCUUAUAACACACCAUAUGUCAGCGAAAUGAGGAGACAGAUUGCAAGUUUGCAAGAUUACGUUAUGGAUGAAAGUGAGGCCGUAGAGCAAGACAACAUUGAAUCUAGUCUAGAGAAAAAUUGGAUAUCAGAUGACCAACACACAAGUAAUACAUCCCAGUUGAAUAAAACAAAACUUGACUUCAUCAAAUCUUUACGCCAGUAUCAGCAAUGGGAUAAACGGGAAUUUGAUGAUGUUUUGGACUUCAGCAAGCAAGGCACUUCCUCUUCAGUCACCUUCCAGUCUGAAGAAUCAGACAAAAUAUUUACCCAUAUGGAAGAGAACAAACAGGACUGGUUAAAGUAUUGUAGGUCAGAGAGGAGUAGGAACACCUCCAAAAGCCAAAUCAAUUUGGACGAUGAGCACGAGGACGUUUCCUCAUUUGCAAAGCCAUGCCUAGUUACAGUUUUGGACCACAAAGGAAACAGAAUCACCUAUGAAAACUAUCCCGUUCUGAAACCUUCAACAAGCAUGCACACACGGACAGUUCCGAACUCAAACAGACAGGGCUCGAGCAGUUUUGUGGAGUUCUCCAAGAGGUGGGAUGAUACACACAACGCUGAUGAAUCUGACCUCACUCAGUCUUCUGUGGAUCUGGAGACCCUCAUCUUCUCAGAGAGAAUGAACCACAUGCUAAAACGUAAAAGGAAGAGUAGCAGCAGCAGGUACAACCGAUCAAGACACCACAGGUCAAAUGUAGAAGAAAGAGCUUCCUCCUGUAGCCCGGCUGUGACAGUGCACUUUUCCAGCCUGCAGGAACAGGAAAGCUCGGAGGAACACUGGGAGGGACUACCUUCACUCGCAGGGCAGAAGUUAAAAAUAGAUAUGCCUGAAAGGAAGGGUAUGCCUGGAGAAACAGACAGAGAUAUGCCACAGCAUCUUCAAAAACUCUCCUAUACAAAGGGCAGUGAGAUGACGCAUGUCAAAGUUUCAGAUCUGGUGGCGGAAAGUUUCAAGGCGUACCAUGCCAUGAUGACUGAGGUCUGUGCAGGCAGAAAGUACCCACACAGAACUGAGAGACUCAAGAGAGAAGAAGCAAAGAGGAACAGUUUGCCAAAGUCUCGAGCCCCAAGCAAAGACAAAGACUUCUGUGGUCAGAUGAAGAAGGACAUGUACGACAGCCUGCAUGAUAAUCUGAAUUCUGUUGUGAAACAGUCAUGUAAGAACAAGUUCAGGUUCUACAUACUGGUGACAUCAGAUGACCCAUUCUUCAAAGAGACAAAGGAGCUGUUAGAAGCAGAGGGACACAUAACAGUAGAAGAGUCUCAAUUCUGCCUUGGAAAGGAUACUCCCUCAUCCCCUCUAUACAUUAUCUUGAGGAACGAAGAUAUUGCUGAACACAUUUGUGAGGUCCCUCACUUGCUUGAAUUGAAGAAGUCUCAGAAUGUGUUGUUUGCUGGUAUUGACCGUCCUGAUGACAUUGUGAACCUGACUCACCAAGAACUCUUCAGCAAAGGCGGUUUUGUGGUGUUUGAGGGAGCAGCACUGGACACACUCAGUCUCAGCAACAUUAAGAAAAUGUCUGGUUUCCUGGAGGGGCUGAAUAAAAAGGGGAAGUGGAAAUGGCUCUUGCACUACAAAGACAGCCGGAAGCUGAAAGAGAACGCACGUUCUAGUGCUGAGGCACAGGGUAAAAAGAGCUUCAUGGACAUCUGCCAGGAGGCUGGAAUGGUUGAGGUCUUACCCUACCAUGAAUGUGACGUCAUUUCAAGGACACGACCCAACUACCUCCACUGUCUAAUCCGCCUGCAGGUCCAGAAUGUAUCAGCUCGUCUACCUGUAUUUAUAACUGACACAACGGCAGACAAAGCGUUUGCAAAACAUGGGAUAUUCACAAUGAAUAUUAACUCCUUCUUGCUGAUUUCUCAGAGUGACAAUUGCACUAUUUCUUAAACUGACAGGAAAGCCUGACAGAAGUCUUCAGUACAUCAAUCAAAUUUGAUUUAUAAAGCCCUUUUUAUACUGAACAAAAAUAUAAAAUGCAACAUGCAACAAUUUCAAAGAUUUUACUCAGUUACAGUUCAUGUAAGGAAAUUAGUCAAUUUAAAUUAAUUAAUUAGGCCCUAAUCUAUGGAUUUCACCUGACUGGUCAGGGGUGCAGCCAUGGCCCACCCACUUGGAAACCAGGUCCAUCCACUUGGCAGCCAGGCCCACCUACUGGGGAGCCAGGCCCAGCCAAUAAGAAUUAGUUUUUCCCCACAAAAAGGAUUUAUUACAGACAGAAAUUCAGUGUACAUUAUCAACAGCUGUCACCAAGUGAUUUAAAUGAACCUGACCCAGACUCCAAAGAGCAAGCAGAAGAACAGUGGCAAGGGAAACCUUGUAACCUCGAGAAGAACCACACACAGAAAGGGGAUGCCCCUUCACUCCAAAAUCUGCUUUUUAGGGAGUCAUUGGGAGUUUGACACACUGAUCUAAAUCAUUGUGGUGUAAGAUUAAAAUAAUUAUCUGUAAAUUGUUUAUAGCAAGGCUUUGUGUAUUGCUGUUUUAGUCUCUUUUUUGGGGGGUUCCUUAGUGUAGAUCAUUGCACUAUUUAGUAACAUUUUGUGUAGAUUUAUUUAUUCUUAAUAAUUUUCUAUGACAGGUAGAUUCUGUAUAGAUUAACGAUGACAUCCGCUUCAAUGCACAAGCUCUGUGUUAGUGUAUUUAUUUGUAUGUUUGUAAAUACAUUUAUUGCACCUUUGCGAUAAAGAAAUUGACUAAA